AUGCAACAGAUUCAAGAGUACCGUAUGGAGCUCCGGGAGCAGGACCGUAGAAACCAACAGAAGGAGGAGGCAGAGCAGAUCAUGGAGCGUCAGCUGCUGGAGGAGCUGGAGAGACAGAGACAGGCAGAGCUCACGGCCCAGAAGGCCAGAAAGAAGGAGCUGAUCAAAACCCUGGAGGAGAAUAACCGCCAGAUGAAGAGGGAACUUGAGCGAGCGGCCGCUGAGAAGCUGGAGAAGGUCAACAGGAGCCUACAGCGUCACCUGCAGCGCAGCGUGGAGGAGAAGGAGGAGCACGAGAGGGAGCUCCUCAGCAUGAAGAAGCAGAUAGCCACUCUGAUGCAGCGGCUACGGGCGGACCCCGCUCAGCUGGAGAGGUUGCAGUCCAUGCUCUCUGUGAAGAACGGAGAUAUACAGGACCUCAGGAGGAAAUCUCUGUCAGAGCGUCAGAGAGUUUUGGAGCUGGAGAGGAAGCUCUACUCAACUGAACGGCUGCUCAAACAGACUCAGAGUGACAAGAUCAAACUGCAGAUCAGAAGGAAGAAAGAGAAGCUUCCUUUCGACAUCACGGCACCCUCUGAGGAAACCACGCUGCCCAAGGGGCCGCAGGUUGUGUCCGUGGGGAAAUACAUCACCAAGAUAACGAAUUCAGACGCUGAAGCAGCUAAUACAGCGGAGACAGAGAAGCUCCCGGUUGAGGAGCUGGUCAGGAAGGGGUACGAUGAGGAUCCGGUGCAGAGGCAGCUGAGGCUGGAGAAGGUCAGAGCCACUCCGCAGCACAUAGAGGAGUCCAGGAAACACCGGGCGGAGUGGAGACCCAUGGAGGAAAGCAAAAUGGCCAAGGCAGCCGGUGAGCAGCAGUUCGCACGGGAAGAGGAAUGGAGUCUCCGGAGGCAGGACGGCAGAUUGGCUGGAGGCUCGACGGGCGCUGGCUCUGCCGCUGAGGCAUCAGAGAUCCUGGCGGAGAACCAGAGAUUGGUGCAAGAGCAGAAAGAGGAGCAGCUCUGGUUACAGAGGGAAGAAGAGAGGAAGGCAGAAGCAUUGAGAACGGUUAGAAAGAUGGCGGUGCACACUCGGAAGAAUAACAAGCCAAGGAAACCUGGAGGAAAGGAGUCGCAGCUUUUGAUAAUUGCCAAAACUCCGGAGUUUGUCCGGGAGGUGAUGGGUUCCAGCGCCAGUGCAGGCAGCGGGGAGUUCCACGUUUACCGGCACCUCCGACGCAGGAAGAAGCGGGAAAAACUGAAGCGCAAAAUGCGGAUGGCAAAGAUAGCCGAGAAGGUCCAUCAGGAGAGAGAGCACGUCAGACCGCCGAACCAGCAGGAGCGCAUGGAGAGGAAGAAAGGGAAGCUUCUUUUCAACGUCACAGCCCCCCCUGAGGAAGCCAAGAUUCCUAAGACAUUGUAUUUCCUGGGGAGAGGGGCAGGCCUGGACCCUUCCCCCCACAGGAAAGGGGGAGAAGCUUUUGACCUGUGA